UUUUUUUCCUUCCAAUUUCCAUUUCAGAGUUCCGACUUUUGAGCCGACAGUUCCGAUUUCCCGACAUCUUUGUUAUUUCCGACCGACCCCUGCCUGGGAUGUCACGGGUUUCCUGAAAUCCGGACUUCUUUUGACCCUAAACUCGCCCCGAGACCUUCUCUUUUCUAACCCCCAGUCGGAAACCCUACCUGACUUUUUUCUCGAUCUGUGACAUUUUUGAUACGUGCACCAUUUUGGCGGACUAACUAGUGAAAUUAAAGUUUGAACACGGUCUCGGUGGCUGAGGCCAGGUAGUCCGAAACUACCUUGUUUCCAGGACGGUACUCUAAUUGAAAUUAUCAGAAUUACGUCUAAUAUUAAAACUAGCAGGAAUUUUUCUAUGUUUUUUAAAAAUACUUUUCACAUAUUUUUUAGUUCUAAUGAUAUGGCUUUUGUCAGUCUUCCAGUUAACGGUGUUGAAGAUUCCACAGACCUGGCUUUUUUCAAACAAUAUGCUUUACCUGUUAUAAAAAGUGCAAUUCGUGAUUAUUUGAGAGCAGAUACUGUUGUGGAGAUUGCCCCACCUUCAAUGGGAACAUUGAGGAGAGAGCCGUUUUUGAAGAAAACCCAAAUCCAAUUCCCUGAGGUUCGUGUUUGCCGUCUCCUCCAUUAUAUGCUAGAUAGACCCGAACUUGGACAACUUGUUUUGGAAGAAAUUUUGCCAAAUUUAUUGGAAACUUUUUGUUUGAGAGAUUCAAAUUUAUUAAAAGAAUUUGGUGGAGAAUGUGAAGCUAUUGACCCUUCUUUUGAAAAUUUUGCUGAAUCGUUUAUUAUUUUUAAAGGAAAUGAGUCUUUUAAUAAUAUUGAUGGAGAUGGUGAUCAACAGACUCGUCGAACAGAAGAAAUACUUAAAAAUUUUAAUUCUCUCUUGAAAGCUUUAGAACCUAAUUUUUUAUGGAAUUUUUUUGAAAAACUUUUUACAAUGAUAAAAACUCAGAAUGAAGUAAUAGAAGAAAACGAAUUAAAUAGUAAAUAUUUGCCUUCAUUUUCGUUAGAUAGUGAUUGUCAAUCUCAAAAAAAUCAAUUAUGUGCUCUUUUUCCAGUGAUGAUUCUCUAUUCAUUAAAAAACGUUCAAUUAGAUAUAAACGAAGAUAUCCGUUCAAUCUAUUUACCAAAAUUGUUGAAACACAUACUUGUCGGAAUUGAUUUGUCUUCUUCUUCUCCAUUAAUAAUAGAAAAUAAUUAUGUUGCAAUAAUUGUAGUUUGUCGACAUUUACUAGCUGAAAUUAAUCAAAACACUGUUUCUAAUGUUUUUGAAUCUUUGCAUAAUAAUAAAGAAGGAGAAAGUAAUAGUGCUAGAUCGUCUCCAAAUAGGACAGAGAAACGAGAGAAGGAGUUGGCUGGAGAACAGCAAUGUGUCGAAUCUUCAUUGGAAGCUUGUAUUCAAACUUUUACUUCAAUAUGUAAUUGGUAUAUAAAAAAUCGAGAACGUGAUAGAUGUGGAAUUUUGCUGGCUAUUUGUCUGUUAGUCAGAGAUUUUGCUGAUUUUCCGUUUUAUAGUCUUCAACCAUCUUUGGCCUGUUGUUCUUCUUUGACUGACUCAAUAUAUUCUUCUCAAUCAAAAUUUGAAUGGCUUCAUGCCUUAAUUUCUGCAAUUGAUCCAGUUUCAUGGAAAUCCUCUGACUUUUCAAUUGACAAAACUGAUUUUGAUAUUCGUUCAAAACUUUUGGAUUUAAUCUUAUAUUUAACUGUUCGCUCCCUUUCAAUGAUUGAACAACAUUCUGCUGUAGCUGGGAGAAUUAUGAAUAAUAAGAAAACUGAAAAAGAGUUGAAGACAACUACAACAGUUUUGUUAAGACCUUUUUUGUCAACUGGUGAUUUACAAGAGAUUGACAAAAAUGAGCUUUUCAUGAAAUCUGCCUUAGCACUAUGGAAACGUUUCUCAGAAAACACUGAUCUAGAACGAGUACAAACUGUUGCUCUUUUACUACUUCAACUUCAUUCUCGAAAAAUUAAUGAUUCUAGUAGCGAAGUUGAAGAGAUUAUUGUGUCUGAGUUAACUUGUAAUAACAAAAAUAUUAGUGGUGAAGCUGCGAGAAAAUUUAGAGAUUUAUGGGCGUUUUGUAGGAGUGCACAAAUUGAUGAGGUUUAUACUGGAAUUGCUUUGAAGCCAAUGAAUCGGUAAAAAAAUUUUUUUAAAAGGAACAAGGGAAGAAUCUGGGCGUGGAAAAAAAUAAGGGGGGGGGGUUUCUUGCAGAUAAUUCUUGAGGACUUUUUAACAAGGGAUCCAAGGACCUUAAACUGACAGGGGCCCUUCUGAACUUUGUUAUUAAUUUUUUUGGUUUUAGUAUCGUGUAAGGCAUAAUCGCUUUCCUAUUUCCAAUUUUUUGGUUUUUUUUCUCUUCGAAGCCAUUUUC